UUAAUUCAUUUUUAUUUCCAGAAUCAAAUUCUUUGUUUAGAUUGAUCAAUUUGAAGAUACACAAAAAUAUUGUAGAGUUUUAUUCUUUUCUUUGAUUAUCAAAAAGGAGAGAGUGGAGAUUUAUGAUUAAGCUUAGUGGUAUGUUUUCAGACUUUUUUUCUCCUGUUAUUCAAAAUCAACAUCAAUUUCAUUUGUAGACAAUUUCUAAGACAGCACUCUUAAUUUGGUGAAUUAUUUAAGACUCAUGUCAUGCUUUGGUUGGUAUGACAUGGAGGGAUUUGGAAAAUGAGGCGAGGCCAGGUGAUCCGGAGCCAUCAGAAUUAUUAGUUUUGAUUUAGUGAAGUAGUGUGUUGCAGCCGCCUUUGACUCAGUUCACUUUAUGAUAUAGCGUAAUUAGCUACGAGAGCUUGACAACUAGAUAUGAGCUGGUGGAUAUAACAGGUAGCUUUCAUCCGAUUCAUUUGUUAAAUUAUUUUAUGAUGAGAUUCUCAGGGAAAUGUUUCUUUUGGAAAAAUAUUUAGUCGAUCACCUGCAUAGACGAAGACAAUUUGUAGGCGAAGAAGAAGAACUUGAAGGUUUAGAGCGAUGGAUGCCCGCCAAAAUGUGCAUACUGUGAAGUCCCAUGGGGCUAGAGUUGCAAGAAAACAUAUGUAUGAUUGGAUUAUGUUGGUUCUACUGAUGGUGCUGUACCUCAUCAUCUACCUGAUUCAUCCGUUUCGCCGUUACAUCGAUAGGGAUAUGAUGGAUGAUCUCAGAUUUCCAUUGAAAGAUGUCAAGGUCAAAUUCUGGGUUGUUCCGUUAUAUGCAGCUGGGCUGCCUAUCAUUACUCUGUUAGGAUUUUAUUACAAGAGGAAAGAUGUUUAUGAUCUGCACCAUGGCAUGCUUGGUCUUUUGUUCACUGUAAUCACAACCGGUGUCUUGACGGAGGCGAUAAAAAAUGCAACCGGAAGACCUCGGCCACACUUCUUUUGGCGUUGUUUUCCGGAUGGCAAAGAUGUUUAUGAUCUAGCUGGGGAUGUUAUCUGCCAUGGGAAAGAGAAUAUGGUCAGGGAGGCUUAUAAAAGUUUUCCCAGUGGUCAUACUUCAUGGUCGUUUGCUGGUCUAGCUUUUCUUUCGUUAUACUUGGCAGGCAAAAUCAAGGCAUUUGAUCAAAAAGGUCAUAUUGCAAAAUUAUGUGUUGUGAUUCUUCCUUUACUGCUCGCAUCUGGUGUUGCCAUAACUUUAGUGGAUGACUAUUGGCACCAUUGGGCCGACGUGUUUGGUGGAGCUAUUCUAGGUGUGACGGUGGCAACAUUUUUUUACCUGCAGUUUUUCCCACCUCCGUAUCAUAAAGAAGGUUGGGGACCUUAUGCAUAUUUCCGGAUGUUGGAACAGUUGCAUAAUACCAAUGGUGCACGAAUAGAACCAGAAAAUGAAUGUUAGAUGAAUUGGAAGCGUUAAGAGAUGAUCGACCUUUUGAUUUCAAUCUAGAAUAUAGAUGAAAUUAGCAUGUAUAUUUAGGAAGUCGAGGCAUGAAUCACCUGAAUCUAUAGGAUCAUCAAAAUGUUUUUUUUUUUCACUUUGUAAAGUCAUUUUGAAUAAAAUAAAAAAAUCGCUUGUAGAGAU